GUGGGGAAAGCACUAACAGCGUGACCGUGACAAGGAUGGACACGCAUCUGCGGGACGAUCCCUGCGUGUCAUUGCACGGAAAUUCCACUUUUUUCCAAACUUCAUCCUGCAGCUUAAACAGCUGGAAUCAUGAGUGACUCUCCACGGUGACUGACGACCCUCCGGAGUGGGUUCGGGCUUUUUUCUCGGACUGUGGACGUGACCUGUCCCCGUGAGGAGUGAAUAAGGAGCUCCGUUUCAGGGGGAAUCCACUCAGCGCCUCCACACACUCCGUGGAACUAAGAGGACAAGGGGAAAACGAUGCGAACCCGAUUCCCACGCGUUGCUGCUCCCCCCGCGCAUGCGCGCUCGGACCGGUGUUCUGCCAAUUUCUGCUACCUGCCGAGAAAUCCUACUUUCUGCUUCUGCACAUGCGCACAGUCGAUUUGCCACGCUAAAUUGAUAAUAUAUGGGAUGUUGAGUAUUUGAUCCUUUAAAAUACACUACCCAUGACAUGAAUUGCAUUACACUUUGUGAACAUUACACGAUAAAGAGAAAAAAACAACCCAAUUCUAGCGCUUUAUUUGAUAUUCAUUCAGUCAUUCAGCCUUUAUUUACCCAGGCAGGUCAUUAACCUCCUUACUACUGUAAUUACAUUCAGGCCGCCUGGAUUUAUUAUGAUUUUAUGGCUGUAGAAUUGUCAAAUGUGCAAAGAAUCAGUGCUCCUGUCCAUUUAUUUCCCAAUAUAACUUCAACUUUCAAUAUCUGGCAGUUAUUCAAUAUGACUGUGUGUUCUGACUGUGUAAUAACUUUAAGAACACAUUCUUAUUUACAAUGAUGGCCUUGCAAGAGACAAGGACAAGCACUUGGUGGGGAAAGGAAGUGGUUUAGGGAGUAAAACACAGUAAAAUUGUAGCUCUGCAAAGGUAGAAAAAUCAUUAGGGUGUAGGAGUUUGAGAAGAAAAGAGCUGAAAAAGGCUUUUUGUUGGAAGAAGGAAAAAACGUGAGUUUAUUUCAGUCUCUCGUCACCAACAGUAACAGAACACUAACUGAAAACUCAUCGUCAUCAUUAAUAACGGCUAGAUUCUUGUGAAUUCUAACCUACUGAAACUAAACAGUGUCCUGUUAGUGAGCCACUACAAAGGAGCAUUUUUUGGCAAAGCAGCAGUAAUUGGCACAAAGGUAGAAAACCAUUAGGGAGCAUUUUUUGGCAAAGCAGCAGAAGUUGUCAGAACACCGGGGGCGUGAAACAUGUUCCCCGCGUGGGUCCCCGCGGGCCUGCUGCUCCUCGGCCUGGUCGUUCCUCCGGCGCGGGGCGUUCACAUGUCGUGGGAGAGCUGGAACGCCGGGCAGCGGAACGGAGGCGAGGAAUUUGAGAGGCCGAGCUCUCAGCCGCACAUCGUCUUCAUCCUGGUGGACGACCAGGGCUUCCGGGACGUGGGCUACCACGGCUCCGAGAUCAAGACCCCCACCCUGGACCGGCUGGCGGCGCAGGGGGUGAAGCUGGAGAACUACUACGUCCAGCCGCUCUGCAGCCCGUCCAGGAGCCAGCUGAUGACCGGCAGGUAUCAGAUCCAUACUGGCCUUCAACAUUCCGUCAUUCGAGCUACACAGCCCAACUGCUUACCCCUGGAAAAUGUCACCUUGCCCCAGAAGCUCAGAGAAGCGGGCUACUCCACGCACAUGGUGGGCAAGUGGCACCUUGGCUUUUACAAGCGUGGCUGCCUUCCCACCCAGCGCGGUUUUGACACUUUCUUCGGCUCCCUGCUAGGAAGCGGGGAUUACUACAGUCACUACAAAUGUGAAGGACCCGGUAUAUGUGGCUACGAUCUCUACGAGGGGGAAGAAGCCGCUUGGGAACAGGAUCGCGGUUUGUACUCUACUGUGAUGUUUACUCGAAAGGCGAUUGAUAUCUUGGCCAAUCACAAACCUCACAGACAACCUUUGUUCCUGUACUUAGCUUACCAGGCGGUACAUUCUCCGCUGCAAGUUCCCGAGCGCUACCUUGAGCGCUACAAGAGCAUUCCAAAUCUAAACCGCCGUAAAUACGCUGCCAUGGUUUCCUGUCUAGAUCACGCUAUCCACAACCUCACGUUAGCCCUGAAACGCUACGGUUACUACGACAACACGAUCAUAGUGUACUCCUCGGACAACGGGGGUCAGCCGCUAGCGGGCGGAAGCAACUGGCCCUUGAGGGGGAGCAAGGCCACGUACUGGGAGGGAGGAAUCAGGGCAGUGGGCUUUGUCCACAGUCCUCUGUUGGUGAAAAAGAGGACAAAAUGUCGAUCUUUGAUCCACAUUACCGACUGGUUCCCUACAUUGGUGACCCUGGGUGAGGGGACCUUGGAUGAAGAUCUCAGUCUGGACGGUUACGAUGUUUGGGAGGCCAUUAGUGAAGGACGCCCUUCGCCUCGCCAAGACAUUCUUCACAACAUUGACCCAAUUUACAUCAAAGCCAAGAAUGGGUCUUGGAAAGCUGGGUAUGGCUUAUGGAACACUGCCGUCCAGGCCGCGCUCCGGAUGGGGCACUGGAAGCUACUUACGGGUGUCCCGGGUUACAGCGACUGGGUGCCCCCGCAGACUUUCUCCAACCAGCGGCUAACCAACCGCUGGCACAACGAGCGUGUCCGUUGGGACCGGGGUAAGUCCCUCUGGCUGUUUAACAUCUCCGCUGACCCUUAUGAAAGGGUGGACUUGUCCCAGCGUUACCCCCAUAUUGUGAAAAAGAUGCUCAUGCGUCUUGCGCAGUACAACAGAACUGCCGUGCCGGUCCGAUACCCGUCCAAAGACCUGCGCUCCAACCCUCAGUACAACGGUGGGGUGUGGGGACCCUGGUACAAGGACGAGAGGGAAAGACACGAGGAGGAGGAGGAGGAGGAGGAGACCUACAACAACUUGUUCUCAGACUAUUUUGGUAAAAGAAAAUGGAAAAAUAAAUCAAGAUACAGAAAGUUGAAAAGGAAGGCAGGAGAGUAGCUUGCUGCAUCUGUGACAACUCAGUUUGCCUGAUCUCAGGGACACUUCCAGUUUGCGACCAGUCAGUUAUACCAGUCACCUGUCAAUUCCAAUACUGUACGGAAAAAAUGCAGAUGGCCUGUGUGUUUCAUCAGAUGUUUAAACACUGCUGCCAUGCCCAUACAGCUUAAGCCUGCUUUAUGGUUCUGCGCUAAAUCAACGCAGAGCCAACGCCGUAGGGUACGCGGCUAUGCGGGGGUCUCUCCGUAGCCUACACCGUAGCCUGACGUUACCUCCCAAAAAUUUGAACUACGUGUUGAGGCGACGCAGACUGAGAGGUCUGUGAUUGAUUUGCUUGGUAGCAACGCAUUUCCGGUUCCAGACUGCGCGGCCCGUGUAAUUCGCGGCCAUCCGUUUAUUGUUUUGAAAUGGCAAAAUAAAAAUAGAGAAAUAAUCCAAAAUAAUCAGUUUCCCGUUUUUUGUUUUGAUAAUAAAAAACGGAAAACGGAUCGUUAUCCGUUUUCCGUUAUCCGAUUUCAUUGAUGUUUGAAAAAAUCGAAAUUGGGAAUUAAAACAGCGAGUGGAAAACUCUUUUCUCUAUUUCCUAUUCGUUCCAAGGAUACUGAAAACAAGGAUUGGAUAAAUGGGGGGAUUGCACAUGUGCAGUAAUAAAUGAAGAAAGUUGUUUCUGGUUCUUUUGUUGAUCAGAUUGAAAACUAACCGUUUUAGAUUUUUUUAAUGUUGAAACAGAAAAUAAAUCAAAUAUGAAACCUGGGAUUGAAACAUGAGUUUAAUCUGUAAUCUGUCUUCACUCCGUCAUGAAACUGCAGUGAUGUUGUGACAGUCCGUUCAGCUGCAGCGUCAGAAAAAAAACAGCGUCCGAUCAGUAACAUAAACUGAACUCUAACAUACUGGAAAUAGAGAAAAUAGUUUUCUACUCGCUGUUUUAAUUCCCAAUUUCGAUUUUCAAACACAUCAAUGAAAACAAAAAACGGGAAACUGAUUAUUUUAGAUUAUUUCUCUAUAUUUAUUUUGUCAUUUCAAAACAAAAAACGGAUGGCCGCGAAGUACACGGACCCUGCGCCAUCCGCGCCAUUUUUUAAACAUCUUGUUGUUGUACACGGACAGAACAUUAUCAACAUGGACCAAGUCGAGGAGCGACUCAUUGAGGAAGUCCGUAAAUUAAAAAAAAUCAAAUAAUAAUAAUAAAAUGACGAUAAACCAUUCAGGAGAAGAACGCAACCCCCUAGUGCUCUGGGGGAGUGACGGAGAAGUCCGAAGGAUUCACGACGGCGUCACGGCAACGGCGUCACGGCAACGGCAUUGGUUUAACGCAGAACCAUAAAUCAGGCUUUAGACCAAACGUUAGUCUUUUGGGCUUUUCAAGAUUGUUUUUCUAGAUUCUGUUGCAUGCUUGAACUGUUGUCACUUUGAGAUUUUUAAAUAGAUUUGUCUUUAUCUUAGUAGAAUCUGAGUAGAAAAGUAUCUGACGGUUGCCAUGAAACUUGGUGAGACAGAAUUGAAUAUAUGGACCUAUGACGUUGCUGAUUGUAGCGUUGCAGUAUUGUGGAGAGAUAUAAGAUGUAUGCGAUUUGUGUGUUCAUGUACUGUAUGUUUGCUUAUACAAGCACAGCCUCCCAGAUCUCUAGUCAAAUGGAUUUUGCUCCGUCUCUUCGAUCACGUCUGGUCCGGCACCAGGCCAACCUGAAUGCAAGUCGGACUCAAUAAAAAAAACU